AUGGCAAAUAACUCAUCAAGUGUUGUGGUUUCUCAAAACAAACCUGAUGGCUGCUUUCUGUCGGUUGCCGACUUUAAUCCUUAUGACAUGAACCGUCCAGAUUCAGUCCACCCGACUUGGACUUUCCUUGCUACUAUCAAUGGUCUUGCUGCCCCACCGACAAUUGUCGUCAAUGCUCUCGUCAUUUGGACGGUGAUAAUGGAUGAAAAUCUUCGAUCUUCGGCAUUUAAUAUUUUGCUUGCCUCUUUAGCAGUAACUGAUUUCCUUGUAGGAUUACUAGUCGAGCCAUUGUAUUGCCUCUUCCUUGGAUGUCUUUUGAACAAGUGUCUUUCCCCUGAAUGCACGUUCACAGUGUACAUUUUGUCGUCUUUAGCUUGUUCCGGAGCAACAAUGGUUAGCUUCACUCUCGCGAGUGCUGAGCGAUAUUUAGCCAUUGAACACCCGAACUUUUAUCGCAAGAACAUUACAGCAAAGAAAGUGAUUUCAACCACGGCAAUUAUUUGGGUAAUAUUCCUUGCCUGUUUGAUUAGUGCUAGCGCUUUAUUAAACAGAACAUAUCCCCAUCUGUACAAAGUUCCAUCAGCUGUAGCCGGUAGCAUUCUUGGCAUGAUUAUCCUCUACUGCUCAUUAAAAGUACAGAUAACGGCKUACCGUCAGAGUAGAACCAUCGCCCUACAGAAAGCAUCAGUUCAACAACCCAACGAUGAACAAGAACAAGAGCAAAGACUGAAGGAAUACAAACGAGUGUUCAUGAUGACUAUUUUAGUGAUUGCAUCUGUCCUGUUUUACACUCCGUACAUCAUAGUCUCUGUGAUCAAAGCCACGAGGGGUACAGAUGUGACAAGCAAUUUUCAGUAUGUGGCCACACCUAUCUGUGCAACACUUAUUCAUCUCCAGUCUCUCAUCAACCCGAUCAUCAUGUCACUGCGUCUGUCCUACAUUCGCCAAGGCAUCAAAAACAAGCUAGCUAGCCUUGUUUAA